UCGCCUGUUGUAUGUAUACUUAGAACGCCACUAUGGAAUCCCAACCAGCUCAUAUGUUAUCUCGUCUGUCGAUUAAUCGAGGUGUAGAUGUCUUCAUCUGGUGGCCGCACCGUCGUCGCGCUAGUAUUGCCAUGGGCUUUAAUUCGCAUCGUACGGGGCCUAUCACGCCUUCGCGAGUAUGCCGAUGGAUACAUCUAUUAGACCCGCUGUGCCACGACGGGCGUGCAGUUCUGCGACCCGUCAAGAUUCAGAAAUGUGGCGUAUUACACUACGUAGCUGAAGUAUCCGGCCCCGUCCUGAACGAAGACAAUAAUUUGAUGCCUGGUGACUACGGUUACUUUCCUGAAUCUAAGGAAGGACUCGAUUACCGUGUACAACCACUUCCAUCCCUUCCAUCCGUUACGACCAUCGAAAGGGAGCGGGAGCUUGCAGUGACGAUACCAAGGUUGUUCGCUAACCAACCGCCCAUUCUGGAAGUACCUACAGAAUUCCAAAAGGUUGUUCAGCAGCGGGACUCUGGCCGAUGUUUUGUCUCUGGGGCUUGGCCUCAAGAGGGUGUAGAAGUUGAAGUAACAUGGAUAUUCCCCCCUGCGUCGGUUAGGAAGUUCGAUUGGCCACGUCCUAGAGGUCCUAAUGCCGUGGUAGCGGACAACACUGCGGCAAUGCGUAAAGACAUUUUACAAUUAUUCCGAAGGAAUGUCUUUGGGGUUGAUGUAGAUGACAAUCGUCGCAUCGUUAUAUUCUAUGACACAGGGUCCAUUCAACUUCCAACCCACCUUCCCACAGCACCCCCAGGACCGGGAGACGAGUUCCUCAGAAUGCAUCUCCGCUGGUGUCUCGUGGCGUUUACCACGGGGCUAGACAUUAUGAAUGAAAUUGACUGGCAUGACAUAGCUAGGCUGGAGGAAGAGCUGGGAUUAGCAGGUGAAGAUGCGGAUUGCGGGGUUGUGCCGACCGAUGAUGAGAGGUGGCAGACUCCUCUUGGACGGGAGAUUUGGGAAGAUGUUGUUAGAAAGGGGUUGUGGGAAACGCAGCAGUCACAAGAGAGCGACGAAGUGAACCACGAACCCGUAUCCGUCAUAAAUGCCAGUGCGGACGAAUGGCGAGGUGACGGUCACCCUCUGGUCAGAUUCCCGCCCAUGUGUCGGCCGUUUGAAUAACGAUACACCUCCAUAUUGUGAUAUUUGUUUGCUACAUAACACAGCUGUCAGUAACACUUGAUAUUGUUUUGAUGUGUACAUCAUUUCUAUGAGAUCUCAAAACUUGCCUGCUCGUUACCGCUACAAAAAAAAACAGCCUUCACCUACUUCAUAUUCCUCUGCCUUAGUCUCCACACGCAAACUCAUGCAUG